AAAGGAUCUUUGCAGCUUUACGCCCUUUUUUUUAAGCUUAAAGGACAUUUGAAGAAACUUAAAGUUACAAAGACGAGACUGGAAACGUUUGUUUGCCAGCUUGACAAUGAUGGAGGAAGAGAAAGAAGUGGGCUCUGCACUGAGCGUCCAUUGUCAUAACAUCAAAAUAACGGAGGUUCUGAGAGAUGGGGACACAUUUACGUUUCUGAUUGUAUCCCAGAAGCUGUCUGGCACUGGGGAGUACCAUGUGCACCGGACCUACGAUGACUUUGACUGGCUGCAGCAGCACCUGUUCUCCCAGCAGGACGUGCCUGGCAUUCAGGGAGUCAUAUUCCCUCCACUUCCUGCAAAAUUUCAAGUAAACACCUCUGCCAAAGCGAUGAAGCAGCUUGGUUUCCUUGCUUUAGGAGACUUUCGGCCGUACUGUAAAGCCCUGGAGACCUUCCUCUGUCAGGUCGCUGCGCACAGCAUACUCAGCAAAAACAAGGCUGUGGAGGUCUUCCUGACCAACUCAGACCCUCCAGGCACUCACAAAAAGGGUAAAAAUAUUUUCAACCGACUGAGUCAAGCUGUGGAAGAGAUGAGGAAAGAGAGCCAUAAGGACGUGGACGAGUUCUUUCAGAAUGCUCGAGAUCAGAAUCUGACCCUAACAGGCUGCACGAAGACCGCCGCCGAGAAAUUUCUAGAUGUGGUGCUUACCGAGGAAAAAAUAGCCGUGGCCUGUGGUCACUUCUCCACUGCUCUGCACCUCUGUGUGGAAUCAGGAGACGAUCCUGACAAACAGGCCUUCACCAGGAUUUGUGUGAAAUUGUCAGAGGUCUUUGAGUCUAUGAAGAAAAACAUGGCGAGUGUUGCAGAGAACGAUGUGAUCACCCUCGGAGUGGGCCUGGACUUGGAGUGUCGUUUCCAGGAGGCAGAAAAGGAAAUGCUCUUCAGGAGAACCUGUAAGCUGGUGGAGCUGGAGAACGCGAGAAGAAACGCAGAGAAGGCCAAACCUGCCAAGAAGACUGCUAUGGAAGAAGUGAAGCAAGCAACACAGACAGAGUUUGAACACAUUUCUGGAGUGGCAAAGCAAGAGAUUGGACAUUUCCAGAAGGCUCGUGUGCAAAUGCUGCAGCAGGCUCUGGUUCAGUGGUGUGAAAAGCAACUUCUUACUGCGAAAGAAUCUGCUGACCAGUUCAACAAGCACCUGCAGGUCUUCAGGGAGAUGGAUUAGAGACGGCCUUAAUGAAGCAUUCUGGGCGUUUGGGAUCGUCCCAACCUGUCCUUCAUCCUGUUUGUAGCCUGAUCAGAUUCAACCCCAUUCACAUUAAAUGGAAGAACAUUCUAAUAUCACACACACACACACACACACACACACACACACACACACACACACACACACGCAUCAGGCUUCCCUCAGCUGUACACCCGUUGCAAUAAAAAUCCUGGCUGAAAUGAUUGUUUUGAGAUCUUUGCAGUGAACUUCAUCAUCUGUUCGUGGCUGCUCUCUCUGUGUGUGUGUGUGUGUGUGUGUGUGUACACUCUAUACUACACCUCUGCAUUUGUGCUGAGAGUGUAUUGUGCUGCUCUCUUGCCACUACAUCA